GCGAGCGGUAGCGGAGUGGGGGAGGAGUAUUAUUUUUGAUGUUUUUUAAAAACUGUCUUUUCAAAAAUAUAUAUUUUCAGUGGUUUUCUAGUUAGGCAUUUUGUUUUAGCGUUAAGCAUUUUUUUUUACAUGUGUAUGUGUAUAUGUAAAAAAAAAAAAAAAAAAACGUUUACUUUUGUAAACUAGCUUCUUCCUUACUGCCUGUGUGAAUAUCCCCUUACACACAGCUUAUUUGUUAGUGAUUGAAGCUGUUUUAACGCUUCUAAGGACGAAAGAGCAGACAGAAGUGUUUAUAAAGCUCCGGGGAGAGAACGAUGAGCUCUUCACCCGCGUCUUGCUUGGCGCUGUCACGGUUGCUAGGCGACAGGAUAUGAGCAACGGUUAAGGGAGGGAACUGAAAGAAGGGUAGGCUGUCCAAAUUCACAAACACCGACUUCCGGUUUUUGCGGUCGUCAGAGGACCCAUCCUCCUUCAACCGGGUAGGAAGGAUCCUAAGGAGGAUGCAGACCCUGAAUUUGGACACAGCCCAAGUGUCUGCCAGUGAUGUCACAGAUUUGGAACUGUCACAGCUAAUUGUAAAGAUAAACACCGCCAAUGAUGACAACAUCAGCGACCUGAUUGGUGACAUUGUGACCUGCGGAUACACUGGAAUCGUGUCUGUGGAUAAAAGGGACAGCAUAAUAAGAGCUGUUAUACUUCACUCCACCAUGAGACUCAUCCCGAUGCUCGACCAGCUCAGAAAAGGCCUGCAGCUCUAUGAACUACCAAAGAUCAUGAAUACCCAUCAAGACCUUUGCCAACCACUGUUUGUUACAGGGGAAGAUGAUAAGGUAGAUGCAGUCUUCAUUUUGGAGAACAGCCGCCCUGUCUUCAGUGAGAUUGGUUCUGCCAAACACCGCAUGGAAACAAAUAUCAUGAACUUUUUCCAGGACUACCUUCAGGAAAUUGAGGAUUCUGAACAAGAUGGCCCAAGCAACAACAGUAUUGCUCCAGAAAGUUUGACUGUUGGACGAAUCAUGCAGUGGCUCACCGGACAGGGACACAAGCCCCUUCUGCCUAGUGAAAAGAAGGACUUUGUCAUAAAUGUGAAAUUCCACCAUGACUGUGACACACAGCACACUGUUUGUUUUCCUAUUGUCAGCGCCUGCAGUCGUACAGUCACAUUUCCCUCAGCACACCUGAAAACAUUCAGUGAAUUCAAAAACAUUAUGACAUUAGCAAUAUGCCAUGGGCAAACUUUUGACAGGGUGUAACAAGUAACUGCAUAAGUCAAAAUAGGCAUUGAAUUGUUUGGUUUUAUUGCCAUUUUCUUUGCCAUUUUCUUGUUUCUGUGAAUAACUUUAUUCAUUGUUACAAAACCAUUGUUUUGCUGUUAUUAAUGGUUCACUUUAAAACCAAAAUGAAUGAGGAGUUAGUUUUUUACCUCACUGUUACUCCCUUGAUAAAAUGAAGUAAUAUCACAGCAAGCCUUUUGUAACUGGCAGUCUGUUUGCAAAUGUUCAACUUCAUUCCAUUAAAUCUUUUGUAAGGACUGCUUA